AUGGAACGUGAGCUCACAGUGGGCAACGCCGCGACGACGCCGCGGCGUCACCCGGACCCGCGUUGUUUGGAUAGGUCAGUUCCCGCGGAGCAAACUAGCUGCCGGCGGGUACGCGUUAGAAUCCUGUAUCAGCCUUUCGCGCACACAGAUCGAUCGAGAGUCAACGAGUCUGAAGAGAUGCAGCGGUGCCCGUAUCUACACGAGAUGAAGGAGCGCUUGCUCUCGCAACCGACACCGACGGACAGCCUGGACAUGGACCGACUGGACGGCACUCCGGUCAAGGAGGCCAAUCUGCACAACGAUUAUCCCGCCCACACGAAUCCCGGCGUGAUACCAGACCCCCCGGAAAUGCCACCGGAUUCGCUGAUCGGCACGGUGGUCAAGCUGAAUUCCGACGGAUACGGGUCGCACACGUCGCCGGCUCACGCGAGGCAGCCACUGGUGCCUCAGAACGCGAACAAUCCGCCCCUCUGUCUCACCCCCACGCACACCGGCCCGACGAAUGGCACGCUGCCAAAGAACGCAAAGACGUCGUUGUUCAUUAUCAUGAGCUUCAUCUACGCGAAACUGCUCGUGGUUGUGUGCAUCGCUUACGUGAUAAGCGAGGUGGUCACGCACAAGCUGCCGCUCUACUACUACGAGGGCUUCUUCACGUACCUGUACGGCGUUAGCAUCCUGUUCUUGCUGUACGUGUUUUGCUUCCUGCUGCAAGAGAGCACCUGGUGCGCAAGGGGUAGCGACACACCCCCACCGCCGCCUAGGCCACCGAAACCGCCCAAAGAGCCCAAGGACAAGAACAAGAAGAAGGACAAGAAGGACAAGGAGCAGAAGGCCGCGAAGAAUAAGAAGGAAUACCAGGAUGCGGCCGAUGUCGAGGCUGGAGUGGCCACUCGGGCUCUUCGGAAGCGGAAGACGUCGCAGAACGAUCAGAGCCACGGAAGCUUCUUCCUCAGAAUCGGAGCGAUAGCUUUUGGUCUGGGUACAAUGGUUUACAACGGUCUGGAAUUUGGUACAUUCUUCGAGGUACCGCCCACGUCACCGUGUUACCAGAUCCUCCAGGGCGUCAACCCGCUUCUCCAGAUGAUCUUCACUUUCAUGCAAAUGUAUUUCAUCUUCAUGAACUCGAGGCUGAACAUCCAUCGCUUCAAAGUGAUCGCGCGUUUCGGUCUGAUGCACGUCGUCGCCACUAAUCUCUGCGUCUGGAUUCGCACCCUCGUCCUGGAGAGCAUCAAGGAGAUCACGAAGCAUCACCAGAAGAUGGGACAGUUCGAGGCCGGUAUACUUGAGAGUAUCAAGCAACACUCGAUGCGAAACGCAGGGGCCAUUUUGGGUACCGCGCCCAGAGACGUGGCCUUAUUGCGAGAGGCUCCAUUGACCGCCACCAGGGCGUCGACCUCCGCCGCGUCGACGGUCGCGAGCACGACCGCUGCCUCGUUGGGACGGGUGAUGAGAACAACGGCGAGGUCGGUGGCGAGGGCUGUCACCACACCGACAACGACCACCACAACCGGCUGGAACACCCCGUCCUCAACAACGGCUUCCACGUCGGCGCCUCUGCCCAAUUUGACGAGCACCGCUGCGACCACCCUGUCCACUCUCUUGACUACGCUGACACCGAAAACCACCACCGAGGAGAGGACCACCAUGUCUACAACCACCACCACAACAACAACCACCACUACCAGCACCACCCCUUCGACAACCUUCUCUUCUUUCUUCGUGGAUCUGUUUGAUGCACCGCAGGCAGACAGCAAAGAAGAGAUCCACCAAAUCUUCGACAUGAACAAUCGCACAAACAGCAGCGAAGUCUGGAGCCAAAACUUCGGAAUCAUCGCCGAGGCGUUGACGGACGAGGAGAUCGCGUCCAAUUCUUGCGGUCGUGUCAACAUCAUGGGUACCAUCGUCCAAGACGCAGAGCCUUAUCUGUUCCCCUUCAUAAUCGAGUACAGCUUGAUCGGGGCUGCAGUGAUUUACGUGAUGUGGAAGCAUAUUGGUCGUCAUCCACGUUGGCCGCAUCAGAUGGAGGCCGAUCUUGAACGCCGCUUGGAAGCUAUGCUCUCUCGAAGAGCCGUUGCUUUAGCCCAUGCAGGUCACACAAGGGUGGACUGUGUAGGAGCGAGCAAAGGACUGUUCUUCGGCCUGCUGCUGCUGGUCGGUUCACUGAUCUGCCUGAUCCUCUUCUUCGUGCUGAUCCAUCAUCCAGACUUCGGUCUGAUCGCCAUAUACCUGGCGGACGUGUCCCACUGCGUUCUGAUGAUCCUCUCGAUCAUCGCCAUUAUCGUCGGCUUCAUACGGGUCCAGAGCUUGAAAUUCAAGGCGGAGGAGCAGAGCGAUCUGAACGACAUCUUGCUGCGUGUGUCGGGCUUCGGUCUGUUCAUCUACGCGGUGUUCAGCGUGAUCGCUGGCUCUCUGGCCGCGUUCACCCACGAGCCGAAUCUUCUGGUGAUGCUGACCGGUCUUCUGUCGGUGGCGCACGUGAUCCUACAGAUGUUGUUCAUCGCGGACGUGUCACGUCGGCGGGUCCAUCUGCCGGAACACGACCGUAGCAAGCCUGGCCGUCAGGUGGUCACCUUUUUGCUGAUCUGCAAUCUGACCAUGUGGGUGAUCUACACGUUCGAGUCGCAGAAAGUGAUGGCGAACCCGGUCCAGCUAGAUUUCUACGGGUUCCUCGCCUGGGCCAUCGUGCAGAGGGUCACCCUGCCGCUCUGCAUCUUCCAUAGGUUCCACAGCGCGGUCACGUUCGCGGAGAUCUGGAAGACUAGCUACAAAGCGCGUCUCGAGUAA